AUGGCUUAUUGUGGAUAUUUAGAAGGAUGUAGAACAUGGAAAUUGAGAAAAAUAUUGGAUACCCAUACUUGCAAUAGGCAAUUCAAUAUCAAAAUGAUGAAUGCUAAGUGGUUGAGUGAGACAUUGGAUACCACAGUACUUGAAAAUCCGAAUUUGAAGGUAAAUGAAAUAGGGUCAAAAGCUUUGAGGAAAUGGAAUACAAAUGUCACAAUAUCUAAAGCUCGUAGGGCAAAAUUAAUGGCAUCAUGCAAAGUUGAAGGUUCAUUCAAAAAUCAGUUUACACGAAUAUAUGACUAUGCACAUGAAUUAUUGAGAUGUAACCCGGGAUCAACGGUCAAAGUUAAAGUGGAUAGUGAAAAUGGUCAGACCACAUUUCAGAGGUUCUAUGUUUGUUUGAAAGCUUGUAAGAAUAGUUUCGUCUCUUGUAGACCCUUUAUUGGUUUGGAUGGAUGUUUUCUUAAAGGAAAGUACAAGGGGGAAUUAUUAACAGUUGUUGGUAGAGAUCCUAAUGAGCAGAUGUUACCUCUGGCAUAUGCAAUUGUGGAAGUAGAGAACAAAGAAACUUGGUCUUGGUUUUUGGAAUUGUUGAUAGAAGACCUUGGGGGCAUUGACGUAUGUGAUGCAUGCACUUUUAUGUCUGACCAACAAAAGGGUUUGUUGCCAGCUUUGUCUGAACUUUUACUUGGGGCAGAGCACAGAUUUUGCAUGAGACAUUUAUAUGCGAAUUUCAGAAAAAAGUUUAGAGGGCAAACCUUGAAGAAUCUAAUGUAUUGGUCUAGAUCUAGAUUUAUAAGUCGAGCAAUAACUGAUACACUAGUAAACAACAUGAGUGAAGCUUUGAAUAGUGUUAUUGUUGAUGCUAGAGGAAAGCCCAUUGUAACCAUGCUAGAGGAAAUUAGAGUUUACAUCAUGAAAAAAUGGGCAACCAAUAGAAUUAAGAUGUGUAAUAUAGACUUUGAUAUCUGCCCCAAGAUUAGAAAGAUACUUAUAAAAGAAUCAAAUUUAUCCAAAAAUUGGAUCCCUAGUUGGUUUGGAGAUAAAAUGUUUGAAGUUAGACAUUGUGCAGUGAUUACAAACAAAUUUGCAGUUAACCUGGACAAUCAACAUUGUUCCUAUAGGAAAUGGGAAAUUGCUGGAAUCCCUUGCUACCAUGCUAUUGCAGCAAUUAGAUUUUUAGAUUUAGAUCCAGAACAGUAUGUGCCCAUUUGGUUCAGAAGGUCCACAUAUGAUGAAACAUAUGCUUCAAUCAUAUUUCCAGUGAAUGGGCACCUUUUAUGGGAAAGAACAUCAUGCCCAGACAUCCUCCCACCAUUUCAAAGAAAAUUACCAGGCAGACCAAAGAAAAAUAAAAGGUUGGAGAGUUGGGAGCUAAGGAAGGAUGAAACCCAAAUGACCAAAGGUGGCCACCGCAAGAAGUGCAGCAUUUGUCGUCUUGUUGGGCAUAAUAGAAAUCAAUGCCCUUUAUGUCCUCAAGAUCAACCAGACCUACCACAACCAUCUGAAGCAGCACCACCCCAACCAACACAGGAAUCCAUUGAGCAACUAACUCAACCAAUCAAAAGGGACAAGUUAUUAAUUAAGAGACCAUCUCUUUUAUAA